ACCAUACAGUGACAAAGGAAGAGGAGAGUAUCUGUCUGGAAGUACAGACUAUCAAUCAAGUUUACUAGGCAGUCAAACAGCAAGAUUCAUCAGAGCUGCAGAAAACCACGUAGAUUCAUUUACAAAGAGAGCAUUAUGUACCGCUGUCACUGCAAGCAUCAGUGACACUGCGUUUAAUGACUAUAUCCAAGGCUUACUGUCAAUCGUGAUAAAGGAACUGUUGCCAUUGGACAUAACAAAGGCAAUGCCUAAGUCGAUAAAAAGUGUAAAUGAGCUUCUAAAAGGAAGAGAAGCCCACCAUUUUGCAGGAAGCCUGAAUAAUGAUGCCGGUAAAACCCAGAUGCUCAAAACAAUACAGAAUGUGAAACGCUUGGCCAUUGCAAAAAUUGUGAUUCUUCCAACUACCAUGACAUUUUCACCUGGUGAUGACACAGUUCACCUAUCUCUCCCUGUUGAAAUUGGCAUAGAAGCUAUAAGUAAGACUGGCAUCUUCAGUUCCUUAGCUAAAGUCAAGAUUGAUAUUGUAGCCAAGCUGCUCUGGAAAGCCUCCAAAGACCAGGUAUUCAUCAUUGAAGCCUCCAAAAUCUUUAUCAAUGAUAUUCAAGUCAAAGAGAAGCAGAGGGUGACUGGCCCAGAUGAGAAACAUGUAAGAUCUAUCGUAUGGACAAUACUGAAUGAUGUGAUCAAUCAGUGCAUUCGAUUGGUAGCUGACAUCCUUAAUUCAUCACUUUUGAGUACUCUGGUUGCUGCAGUUCCCGUGGGGACAUUUGGAAACAUCCAGUAUAAUCUCAUUGGCUGCCCCAAAGUAACUGAUAGGUAUUUCCUGAUCCCUUAUCAGGCAAGUAUUAUUCUUGGCUUUGGUUUCUGA